AUGAUUACGUUAUUUAUAUAUAUGUCGUUGAAGAACAAUAUUAGGGACGCGUUUGAGGCCUACGUAUUUUUUGAUGACGACGAAGAGGCCUCAGAAGAAUUAUACAUCUCCAGAUCAAUUUUCAACAAUGAGAUUAAAGUACCCGAAAUAAAAAAGCUAUUGGAAAGCAAUUUCGGAGACCAAAUCCAAAUCUCGUUAGUGGCCCUUACAACGAGCACGCAGCCGUGGCCGCGCCAGGGCCCUGCAGGGGUCGCCACACAAGUGGAUGGGGUACACGGCCCUAUCCAUUUAUUGAACGUGGACGUGGACGGGGAAGUGGACGGGGACGUGGACGUCCCAAUAAAGAAAAAAUUUGUUCACCUAAGUUUGGACGAUGAAGAUAUAGGGUCAAUUCAUAUAUUCAAACAAAAUGAUUACGUUAUUUAUAUAUAUGUCGUUGAAGGGGGGGAAUACAAUAUUAGGGACGCGUUUGAGGCCUACGCAUUUCUUGAUGACGACGAAGAGGCCUCAGAAGAAUUAUACAUCUCCAGAUCAAUUUUUAACAAUGAGAUUAAAGUACCCGAAAUAAAAAAGCUAUUGGAAAGCAAUUUCGGAGACCAAAUCCAAAUCUCGUUAGUGGUACCUAGGCCUCAAACGCAAACGUUUGAGCCCUUACAACGAGCACGCGGCCGUGGCCGCGCCAGGGCCCUGCAGGGGUCGCCACACAAGUGGAUGGGGUACACUAUCCAUUUAUUGAACGUGGACGUGGACGGGGACGUGGACGGGGACGUGGACGUCCCAAUGAACAAAGAUAUUGUUGUUUCUGAAGUCAAGAGGCUUCUCAAGGAAAAUUUUGGAGAAAUCCAAAUAUCUUUAGUGGCCCUUACAACGAGCACGCGGCCGUGGCCGCGCCAGGGCCCUGCAGGGGUCGCCACACAAGUGGAUGGGGUACACGGCCCUAUCCAUUUAUUGAACGUGGACGUGGACGGGGACGUGGACGGGGACGUGGACGUCCCAAUGAAGGAAAAAUUUGUUCACCUAAGUUUGGACGAUGAAGAUAUAGGGUCAAUUCAUAUAUUCAAACAAAAUGAUUACGUUAUUUAUAUAUAUGUCGUUGAAGGGGGGGAAUACAAUAUUAGGGACGCGUUUGAGGCCUACGCAUUUCUUGAUGACGACGAAGAGGCCUCAGAAGAAUUAUACAUCUCCAGAUCAAUUUUUAACAAUGAGAUUAAAGUACCCGAAAUAAAAAAGCUAUUGGAAAGCAAUUUCGGAGACCAAAUCCAAAUCUCGUUAGUGGUACCUAGGCCUCAAACGCAAACGUUUGAGCCCUUACAACGAGCACGCGGCCGUGGCCGCGCUAGGGCCCUGCAGGGGUCGCCACACAAGUGGAUGGGGGAAAAAUUUGUUCACCUAAGUUUGGACGAUGAAGAUAUAGGGGGGGAAUAUAAUAUUAGGGACGCGUUUGAGGCCUACGCAUUUCUUGAUGACGACGAUGAGGCCUCAGAAGAAUUAUACAUCUCCAGAUCAAUUUUCAACAAUGAGAUUAAAGUACCCGAAAUAAAAAAGCUAUUGGAAAGCAAUUUCGAAGACCAAAUCCAAAUCUCGUUAGUGGUACCUAGGCCUCAAACGCAAACGUUUGAGCCCUUACAACGAGCACGCGGCCGUGGCCGCGCCAGGGCCCUGCAGGGGUCGCCACACAAGUGUAUGGGGGAAAAAUUUGUUCACCUAAGUUUGGACGAUGAAGAAAUAGGGGGGGAAUACAAUAUUAGGGACGCGUUUGAGGCCUACGCAUUUCUUGAUGACGACGAUGAGGCCUCAGAAGAAUUAUACAUCUCCAGAUCAAUUUUCAACAAUGAGAUUAAAGUACCCGAAAUAAAAAAGCUAUUGGAAAGCAAUUUCGAAGACCAAAUCCAAAUCUCGUUAGUGGACGAUGAAAAGGCCUCAGAGGAAAUAGCAUUAUCACGAGCAAUUUUCAGCAAAGAUAUUGUUGUUUCUGAAGUCAAGAGGCUUCUCAAGGAAAAUUUUGGAGAAAUCCAAAUAUCUUUAUACCUAGGCCUCAAACGCAAACGUUUGAGCCCUUACAACGAGCACGCGGCCGUGGCCGCGCCAGGGCCCUGCAGGGGUCGCCACACAAGUGGAUGGGGUACACGGCCCUAUCCAUUUAUUGAACGUGGACGUGGACGUCCCAAUAAAGGAAAAAUUUGUUCACCUAAUUUGGACGAUGAAGAUAUAGGGGGGGAAUAUAAUAUUAGGGACGCGUUUGAGGCCUACGCAUUUCUUGAUGACGACGAUGAGGCCUCAGAAGAAUUAUACAUCUCCAGAUCAAUUUUCAACAAUGAGAUUAAAGUACCCGAAAUAAAAAAGCUAUUGGAAAGCAAUUUCGAAGACCAAAUCCAAAUCUCGUUAGUGGGGGGGGAAUACAAUAUUAGGGACGCGUUUGAGGCCUACGCAUUUCUUGAUGACGACGAAGAGGCCUCAGAAGAAUUAUACAUCUCCAGAUCAAUUUUUAACAAUGAGAUUAAAGUACCCGAAAUAAAAAAGCUAUUGGAAAGCAAUUUCGGAGACCAAAUCCAAAUCUCGUUAGUGGUUGAAGGAGAGUUCAACAUUAGGAACGCGUUUGAGGCGUACGCGUUUCUAGAAGACGAUGAAAAGGCCUCAGAGGAAAUAGCAUUAUCACGAGCAAUUUUCAGCAAAGAUAUUGUUGUUUCUGAAGUCAAGAGGCUUCUCAAGGAAAAUUUUGGAGAAAUCCAAAUAUCUUUAGUGGUACCUAGGCCUCAACGCAAACGUUUGAGCCCUUACAACGAGCACGCGGCCGUGGCCGCGCCAGGGCCCUGCAGGGGUCGCCACACAAGUGGAUGGGGGGGGGAAUACAAUAUUAGGGACGCGUUUGAGGCCUACGCAUUUCUUGAUGACGACGAAGAGGCCUCAGAAGAAUUAUACAUCUCCAGAUCAAUUUUUAACAAUGAGAUUAAAGUACCCGAAAUAAAAAAGCUAUUGGAAAGCAAUUUCGGAGACCAAAUCCAAAUCUCGUUAGUGGUACCUAGGCCUCAAACGCAAACGUUUGAGCCCUUACAACGAGCACGCGGCCGUGGCCGCGCCAGGGCCCUGCAGGGGUCGCCACACAAGUGGAUGGGGGAAAAAUUUGUUCACCUAAGUUUGGACGAUGAAGAUAUAGGGGGGGAAUACAAUAUUAGGGACGCGUUUGAGGCCUACGCAUUUCUUGAUGACGACGAUGAGGCCUCAGAAGAAUUAUACAUCUCCAGAUCAAUUUUCAACAAUGAGAUUAAAGUACCCGAAAUAAAAAAGCUAUUGGAAAGCAAUUUCGAAGACCAAAUCCAAAUCUCGUUAGUGGGGGGGGAAUACAAUAUUAGGGACGCGUUUGAGGCCUACGCAUUUCUUGAUGACGACGAAGAGGCCUCAGAAGAAUUAUACAUCUCCAGAUCAAUUUUUAACAAUGAGAUUAAAGUACCCGAAAUAAAAAAGCUAUUGGAAAGCAAUUUCGGAGACCAAAUCCAAAUCUCGUUAGUGGUUGAAGGAGAGUUCAACAUUAGGAACGCGUUUGAGGCGUACGCGUUUCUAGAAGACGAUGAAAAGGCCUCAGAGGAAAUAGCAUUAUCACGAGCAAUUUUCAGCAAAGAUAUUGUUGUUUCUGAAGUCAAGAGGCUUCUCAAGGAAAAUUUUGGAGAAAUCCAAAUAUCUUUAGUGGUACCUAGGCCUCAACGCAAACGUUUGAGCCCUUACAACGAGCACGCGGCCGUGGCCGCGCCAGGGCCCUGCAGGGGUCGCCACACAAGUGGAUGGGUUGAAGGAGAGUUCAACAUUAGGAACGCGUUUGAGGCGUACGCGUUUCUAGAAGACGAUGAAAAGGCCUCAGAGGAAAUAGCAUUAUCACGAGCAAUUUUCAGCAAAGAUAUUGUUGUUUCUGAAGUCAAGAGGCUUCUCAAGGAAAAUUUUGGAGAAAUCCAAAUAUCUUUAGUGGUACCUAGGCCUCAACGCAAACGUUUGAGCCCUUACAACGAGCACGCGGCCGUGGCCGCGCCAGGGCCCUGCAGGGGUCGCCACACAAGUGGAUGGGGGGGGGAAUACAAUAUUAGGGACGCGUUUGAGGCCUACGCAUUUCUUGAUGACGACGAAGAGGCCUCAGAAGAAUUAUACAUCUCCAGAUCAAUUUUUAACAAUGAGAUUAAAGUACCCGAAAUAAAAAAGCUAUUGGAAAGCAAUUUCGGAGACCAAAUCCAAAUCUCGUUAGUGGUACCUAGGCCUCAAACGCAAACGUUUGAGCCCUUACAACGAGCACGCGGCCGUGGCCGCGCCAGGGCCCUGCAGGGGUCGCCACACAAGUGGAUGGGGGAAAAAUUUGUUCACCUAAGUUUGGACGAUGAAGAUAUAGGGGGGGAAUACAAUAUUAGGGACGCGUUUGAGGCCUACGCAUUUCUUGAUGACGACGAUAAGGCCUCAGAAGAAUUAUACAUCUCCAGAUCAAUUUUCAACAAUGAGAUUAAAGUACCCGAAAUAAAAAAGCUAUUGGAAAGCAAUUUCGAAGACCAAAUCCAAAUCUCGUUAGUGGGGGGGGAAUACAAUAUUAGGGACGCGUUUGAGGCCUACGCAUUUCUUGAUGACGACGAAGAGGCCUCAGAAGAAUUAUACAUCUCCAGAUCAAUUUUUAACAAUGAGAUUAAAGUACCCGAAAUAAAAAAGCUAUUGGAAAGCAAUUUCGGAGACCAAAUCCAAAUCUCGUUAGUGGUUGAAGGAGAGUUCAACAUUAGGAACGCGUUUGAGGCGUACGCGUUUCUAGAAGACGAUGAAAAGGCCUCAGAGGAAAUAGCAUUAUCACGAGCAAUUUUCAGCAAAGAUAUUGUUGUUUCUGAAGUCAAGAGGCUUCUCAAGGAAAAUUUUGGAGAAAUCCAAAUAUCUUUAUACCUAGGCCUCAAACGCAAACGUUUGAGCCCUUACAACGAGCACGCGGCCGUGGCCGCGCCAGGGCCCUGCAGGGGUCGCCACACAAGUGGAUGGGGUACACGGCCCUAUCCAUUUAUUGAACGUGGACGUGGACGUCCCAAUAAAGGAAAAAUUUGUUCACCUAAUUUGGACGAUGAAGAUAUAGGGGGGGAAUAUAAUAUUAGGGACGCGUUUGAGGCCUACGCAUUUCUUGAUGACGACGAUGAGGCCUCAGAAGAAUUAUACAUCUCCAGAUCAAUUUUCAACAAUGAGAUUAAAGUACCCGAAAUAAAAAAGCUAUUGGAAAGCAAUUUCGAAGACCAAAUCCAAAUCUCGUUAGUGGGGGGGGAAUACAAUAUUAGGGACGCGUUUGAGGCCUACGCAUUUCUUGAUGACGACGAAGAGGCCUCAGAAGAAUUAUACAUCUCCAGAUCAAUUUUUAACAAUGAGAUUAAAGUACCCGAAAUAAAAAAGCUAUUGGAAAGCAAUUUCGGAGACCAAAUCCAAAUCUCGUUAGUGGCCCUUACAACGAGCACGCGGCCGUGGCCGCGCCAGGGCCCUGCAGGGGUCGCCACACAAGUGGAUGGGGUACACGGCCCUAUCCAUUUAUUGAACGUGGACGUGGACGGGGACGUGGACGUCCCAAUGAAGGAAAAAUUUUUGAACCUCAAUUUGGAAGAUGAAGAAACAGGCUCCAUUUUCGUAUUCAAAGAGGAAGACUUCCUUCCUAUAUAUAUAUAUAUAUAUAUAUAUAUAGUUGAAGGAGAGUUCAACAUUAGGAACGCGUUUGAGGCGUACGUGUUUCUAGAAGACGAUGAAAAGGCCUCAGAGGAAAUAGCAUUAUCACGAGCAAUUUUCAGCAAAGAUAUUGUUGUUUCUGAAGUCAAGAGGCUUCUCAAGGAAAAUUUUGGAGAAAUCCAAAUAUCUUUAGUGGUACCUAGGCCUCAACGCAAACGUUUGAGCCCUUACAACGAGCACGCGGCCGUGGCCGCGCCAGGGCCCUGCAGGGGUCGCCACACAAGUGGAUGGGGGGGGGAAUACAAUAUUAGGGACGCGUUUGAGGCCUACGCAUUUCUUGAUGACGACGAAGAGGCCUCAGAAGAAUUAUACAUCUCCAGAUCAAUUUUUAACAAUGAGAUUAAAGUACCCGAAAUAAAAAAGCUAUUGGAAAGCAAUUUCGGAGACCAAAUCCAAAUCUCGUUAGUGGGGGGGGAAUACAAUAUUAGGGACGCGUUUGAGGCCUACGCAUUUCUUGAUGACGACGAAGAGGCCUCAGAAGAAUUAUACAUCUCCAGAUCAAUUUUUAACAAUGAGAUUAAAGUACCCGAAAUAAAAAAGCUAUUGGAAAGCAAUUUCGGAGACCAAAUCCAAAUCUCGUUAGUGGAAGACGAUGAAAAGGCCUCAGAGGAAAUAGCAUUAUCACGAGCAAUUUACAGCAAAGAUAUUGUUGUUUCUGAAGUCAAGAGGCUUCUCAAGGAAAAUUUUGGAGAAAUCCAAAUAUCUUUAUACCUAGGCCUCAAACGCAAACGUUUGAGCCCUUACAACGAGCACGCGGCCGUGGCCGCGCCAGGGCCCUGCAGGGGUCGCCACACAAGUGGAUGGGGUACACGGCCCUAUCCAUUUAUUGAACGUGGACGUGGACGUCCCAAUAAAGGAAAAAUUUGUUCACCUAAUUUGGACGAUGAAGAUAUAGGGGGGGAAUAUAAUAUUAGGGACGCGUUUGAGGCCUACGCAUUUCUUGAUGACGACGAUGAGGCCUCAGAAGAAUUAUACAUCUCCAGAUCAAUUUUCAACAAUGAGAUUAAAGUACCCGAAAUAAAAAAGCUAUUGGAAAGCAAUUUCGAAGACCAAAUCCAAAUCUCGUUAGUGGGGGGGGAAUACAAUAUUAGGGACGCGUUUGAGGCCUACGCAUUUCUUGAUGACGACGAAGAGGCCUCAGAAGAAUUAUACAUCUCCAGAUCAAUUUUUAACAAUGAGAUUAAAGUACCCGAAAUAAAAAAGCUAUUGGAAAGCAAUUUCGGAGACCAAAUCCAAAUCUCGUUAGUGGUACCUAGGCCUCAAACCCAAACGUUUGAGCCCUUACAACGAGCACGCGGCCGUGGCCGCGCCAGGGCCCUGCAGGGGUCGCCACACAAGUGGAUGGGGGAAAAAUUUGUUCACCUAAGUUUGGACGAUGAAGAUAUAGGGGGGGAAUACAAUAUUAGGGACGCGUUUGAGGCCUACGCAUUUUUUGAUGACGACGAUGAGGCCUCAGAAGAAUUAUACAUCUCCAGAUCAAUUUUCAACAAUGAGAUUAAAGUACCCGAAAUAAAAAAGCUAUUGGAAAGCAAUUUCGAAGACCAAAUCCAAAUCUCGUUAGUGGUACCUAGGCCUCAAACGCAAACGUUUGAGCCCUUACAACGAGCACGCGGCCGUGGCCGCGCCAGGGCCCUGCAGGGGUCGCCACACAAGUGGAUGGGGGGGGAAUACAAUAUUAGGGACGCGUUUGAGGCUUACGCAUUUCUUGAUGACGACGAAGAGGCCUCAGAAGAAUUAUACAUCUCCAGAUCAAUUUUUAACAAUGAGAUUAAAGUACCCGAAAUAAUAAAGCUAUUGGAAAGCAAUUUCGGAGACCAAAUCCAAAUCUCGUUAGUGGUUGAAGGAGAGUUCAACAUUAGGAACGCGUUUGAGGCGUACGCGUUUCUAGAAGACGAUGAAAAGGCCUCAGAGGAAAUAGCAUUAUCACGAGCAAUUUUCAGCAAAGAUAUUGUUGUUUCUGAAGUCAAGAGGCUUCUCAAGGAAAAUUUUGGAGAAAUCCAAAUAUCUUUAGUGGUACCUAGGCCUCAAACGCAAACGUUUGAGCCCUUACAACGAGCACGCGGCCGUGGCCGCGCCAGGGCCCUGCAGGGGUCGCCACACAAGUGGAUGGGGGAAAAAUUUGUUCACCUAAGUUUGGACGAUGAAGAUAUAGGGGGGGAAUACAAUAUUAGGGACGCGUUUGAGGCCUACGCAUUUCUUGAUGACGACGAAGAGGCCUCAGAAGAAUUAUACAUCUCCAGAUCAAUUUUUAACAAUGAGAUUAAAGUACCCGAAAUAAAAAAGCUAUUGGAAAGCAAUUUCGGAGACCAAAUCCAAAUCUCGUUAGUGGUUGAAGGAGAGUUCAACAUUAGGAACGCGUUUGAGGCGUACGCGUUUCUAGAAGACGAUGAAAAGGCCUCAGAGGAAAUAGCAUUAUCACGAGCAAUUUUCAGCAAAGAUAUUGUUGUUUCUGAAGUCAAGAGGCUUCUCAAGGAAAAUUUUGGAGAAAUCCAAAUAUCUUUAUACCUAGGCCUCAAACGCAAACGUUUGAGCCCUUACAACGAGCACGCGGCCGUGGCCGCGCCAGGGCCCUGCAGGGGUCGCCACACAAGUGGAUGGGGUACACGGCCCUAUCCAUUUAUUGAACGUGGACGUGGACGUCCCAAUAAAUACCUAGGCCUCAAACGCAAACGUUUGAGCCCUUGCAACGAGCACGCGGCCGUGGCCGCGCCAGGGCCCUGCAGGGGUUGCCACACAAGUGGAUGGGUCGUGGUGUGCGCGGCGUGCAAAAGAAACUUAUAUCGUUCAAACCUAAGAAAAGAACAAAUAAAGCCAAUCGAUUUUUCUCAAUUUCGUUUAACAAGAAGCACAAGUUCAAGAGAUAAAGUGUGUGAGUGUCACUUCUGUAAAAUAGCAAAAACAUUUGGGAAACGUGCACCCUUACGACAGAAUGUUUUUUCUAUCAAGAAGAUUAAGACCAUUAAAAAGAAAGAAGCACCAAGUAGCGACCGGCGGCGCUGUUCUGUUUGUUAUACCUUGUAUGGAAAGGGUAAAAGACAUAUUUGCAAAAGUUCGGACCCUGUGGAAAAUAUCAAGAAUUGUGUUAAAUCGUUGGAAACAAAACAAAAAGAACAAAUUGCUGCAUUGGUAUUAAAGGAUAUAGUUAAAAAUAAAAAUGACUUAGAUCAUGAUAAAAAAAACAUUGCUUUAAGUCAACAAAAAGGUGGACAGAAACUAAAUAUUUAUAUCGGAAAACAACCCAAUAAAGUCAAAAAAACGCUUUUGAGUGUAGAAGAUUUUAUAAAAAUUAAGACUAGCUACAAUUUAAGUUAUAAAACCACAUGUGGUAUUGCCUCAGCCCUCCGAAUUGCUACAAAUAAUUUAAAAGUAAUAGAACCUAAUAUGAAACUUAAGCUUUUGGAUGUAAAUCGAAGAUUAGAUGACUAUUUCAGCGUAAACAAAUUUAAUUUUGUUAAAAUAAAAGUUAACAAAGUAUCAGACGCAGCUCAGACUGUGGUAUAUUGCAGUGAUUUAGAACACAUUAAAACCCAACGGCAAAACUCUGAUGUUCAUCUUAAAUUUGGCAUAGAUGGAGGCGGCGGUUUUUUGAAAAGUUGUCUAUCUCUGCAGUCUACAUCACAAAUUGAAGCAGACAUAAAUCGAAAAUCGCACCGUCAAUUUUACAAGGAGGGGAUUUCCUCAAAGAAAUUUAAAGAUUCUGGUGUAAAAAAGUUAUUUAUACUUGGUCUAGCGCCUUGCUAUCAAGAAAAUUACGAGAAUGUUUUCCAGUUAUGGCAGCAACUUAAGAUAAGUAGCUUUAGUGGAACUUUAGCAACAGAUUUAAAGCUUGCUAAUAUAAUUGUGGGUAUAAUGUCACACUCCAGCCUUUACCCGUGUACAUGGUGUUCCGCACAAAAAAAUUGCCUUAAUGAAAUUGGCACCUACAAAACCAUUGUAAAUGUUCUUAAAAACUAUAUAAAUUGGAAAGAUGCGGGAGCCGAUAAAGCUACAGCUAAAAAAUUUUUAAGUUGUGUUAACCCCCCACUAUUUGAAACUGGCACGGAUAAGUUAAUGUUAGAUUUGAUUCCCCCACCUGAACUACAUCUUAUGCUUGGAGUUGUUAAUACCGUAUUUAAUAACAUGCUACAAGAGUUCGAAUGCUUAGCUUUAAAAUGGGCGGAACUAUGUCAUGUUCAACGGGAAAUAACGCAUGGAAGUCCGGCAUUUAAAGGAAACUCUUGGAACCAAUACGCAAAACCUGACUGGGAGUCUAGACACUACAUGAUGAGCGACAAAUCUAGUGGGAUUGCAAGGCAUAACCAAAUUCGUCGCCAACUCAUUCCUCAGAGUAACGUUUUAUUGCCUCCUUUGCAUGUUAAUUUGGUAAUAGUGAAAAGUCUCAUUAAAGCGAUUGUCAGGCUAUGGCCGGAAAUGCUUCAAUGCCUAAAGAAAAUCUUCCCAAAACUAAGCGAUGCUAAACUAAAAGAAGCUACUCUUACUCAAGAAGACAACAAUUUUCUUGAUAAUACGAGCCUUACUAAUUUAUUACCAAAUGAAGACCCAGAAUUACGGAAUCUUUUAAACUCUUGGGAACUUGGCGAGCUUUAUGAUCAAUUUGGUAGAUGUAAUAUUUCGCUGAGAACAUUAAACAUUACUAGACCACACCAUAUUCAUUUACUAUGCCCCAAUGUUCCGUUGGGAACCAGAAUUUUAUUGGAACAGCACCUAUUUGGUUGGCAAAAAUCCAUUGGGACAUUUUGUUCAUCAGGAGAUCCUUUUAAUCUUUCCCAUACUUCUCAUGCAAAUGAGGAAAAUUUGCAAAGCAAUUCGCAGGAGAACAACAAUGCAUCUGAACAUGCUUUAGAAGUGAUUCAAUUGCGACACAUUUUGUUAAAAUCAAAUGAAGGAAAGAUUUUAUUAGGAAUAUCUAAUCAGAAAGGAAAUUUAAAUGAUGGACAACGGCAGAUUUUGGUGGACAGAGUGGUGGACUUCUUUAUUCAAGAAAAUAAAACAUUAAAUGUUCCUAUGGGUGAAAAUUUAAGCAACCAAAUCUUACAAUUGUUUCCAUCUGAAAUUAAGGAGUAUUAUCAUGCUGCACAAAAGGGAAAAGCGCCAAAAGGGAAAUUGGUUGCCAAAUUUUAUAACCAACAAAGAAAACUAAAAGAAGUAUGUUUCCUCCCGAAAGGUCCUAAAAGGCGAAAGACAGAAAAUAAUACGAAAACAGCAUAUAAUCUUUCUUGCAUAAAAUGGAUAACAAAAAAAGAAAUACUCUCUGAAAUAGAAGAAUUAGGCUAUUCUGACGAUGAAGAUGGGGAUAAAGAUUUGAUCGAUGACUUGCCUACAACAUCUGCCACUUGCAUUAGAGUUGGCCAAUACACGAUUAAUCGAACAGAGGCCGAAGCCCUUGAUAAAGUUGAUACUGAAGAAAAAAAUGAAGUUGACUAUGAAGAGGAAGACAUUAGAACUGAAGUAAUACAAAAUGAAGAUGAGGAGGAUUAUGAAAUCGAAAAUGAAGAUAAGACUUAUGAAACUGAAGAAAGAUGGUCCCGACAAGAGAUUCAGUCAUUGGAAAAAGAAUUUGGAAAAGAGAUAGGUAAUAAAUGUUACCCAUCAUGUGAAAAAGUAAAAAAAAAUUACCAGGACAGCACGGAUAGAGUAGCAACAAAAAGAAUAUACGUGGACGGUAAAGCAGGAAUUGGAAUCAGGGCGAUAGAAGAUGAUAGAGUGACAGAAAGGUCACUAAGACUUACAGACGGCACAACAUCCACGCAAGCCGAGACGGAAGCGGUACUUUACGCAUUGGACAUGGCCCGGGUCAACGACACCACCACCACCAACAUAUACACCGACUCUAGGUACGUCACAGAUAACAUUGGAAUGACAACAAGGUGCAGAAACAUCAAAAUAAUACAAAUAGGCAAAACACUCACCAACAAGCCGGAAAUAAGAGUCAUUUGGACAAGGCGAGACUCGACCCAAAUAAAACGGGCUGACUACCUAGCAACACAAGCGAGGGAAAGAGAGGCAAUAGACAUAGCAGUAAAACCCACUAAAAAAAAACAGUAG